CGAUGUUGUCGCGGCGGUGUGCAUAUCGCUCCCAAGUUUCACGCGGCGCGCACGGCGUCUGCACUAUGUUCUCCUCCGAUGGCAUGACGUGCCCUCCGGACGCCGACGGGACCGCGGCUUGUGGUCACCGGCGACGAUGCAGCGGCUUGAUCGGUUGCGCGCUUCUCGCUUCCGAAGCGGCGGCCCACGUCGCCAGGCUGUGCCGGUCCAACCCGCGACUGCUGUCAAUGUUGGUUCAGGAGAAGUGUGGCGACGACGCCAAUAGCAGCCGGUUCGCGCAUGACUUCAAGACGCUGGCCGACGUGCUGGUGCAGCGAGUGGUCUCUAAACGCAUCGGCCGACAGUUUCCAGAACUCGAAGGGAACGUGUAUGGCGAAGAAAAUGAUACAAUACAAAACAAUAAAGGUCAAGAUGUCACCAUACAAGUCGGAGAGACAGUAGAAGAGACGUUGCAGUGUUUGACGAAAGCUCUGGGCGACGAUUUGGACUCGGCCAAGAGCUUAGCCGAAGCUGCUCACAAAGAGUUCGAAUCAAAAGAUCUCAACGUUGACUGUUAUCCGCCUGAAGAGGAAAAUCUCGAUUUGGAGAAAAUCGGAAUAUGGAUCGAUCCCAUUGAUUCAACAAACGAAUAUAUAAACGGAAAUGUCGAUACCAUAAACGAAUACGGAUUCCACUCCAGCGGACUUCACUGUGUUACAGUCAAUAUUGGUUUGUUCGACAAGUACAGCGGAAAACCUAUUGCUGGUGUCAUCAAUCAACCGUUUUUCGAAUUCGACGCCGUCAAUGGGUGGAAUGGAAGAUGUUACUGGGCGUAUUGCGACGGACAGAAAAGUUUAAACUCGUUGCCAGAAUUCAUUAGCUGCAAUCAGGAGUUGGUGGUGACUAGCAACAGCGAGACAGACGCGGCCAAGGCGGCGCUAAGGCGGUCCGGUUACACGGUGGCCACGGCGUCCGGGGCCGGUUACAAGAUGCUGUGCGUGGCGCUGGGCAUCGUCAAGUGCUACGCGCUGACCAAGGACUCGACGUACGCAUGGGACACGUGCGCCGCGCACGCAAUGCUAGCGUCACAGGGAGGCAAGGCCUGCCAAUGCAACACAGCCGACGGGCCACUGACGUAUCGGCCCAAGACCGCUGGCGGCGGACGGGCCCACUGCAACGCGGCCGGUGUGAUCGCUUCGCGCGACCCACAAACCGUCGACCGGGUGCACGCGCUCCUGUCACCGCUGCACCUGCACUGCAGCAGCAGCAGUUGAUGUGCUUUUGCUGCAGCGGUUGCGCCACGCGACUGCAAUCGAUGCGCCCCGCGCUCACGCUGUCGUAUUAAAACUACAUGUACACAAAGAUAAAUGAUUAAUUGCGUAAUUAGGCAUAUUUGUACAGAGCACUGUACUCGUUUUAUUUUUCAGGCUAUAUCGUUUAGGAAAAUCAUCGUACUGUGGUGCGGCGUUGGUUGAUGAAUCACGGCACACUACUGACACGACUAAUUUUUUUUUGGGUUUUUAUAAUCUUAUCACGUGCAAGAUAAACGCGGAAUAUUGACGUUAAGCAUCGGUAUAAUCCGAAUAAGACUUUUCAUACUUCUUUGAUUUAUGACGGACGCAUGCCGUGGUAAAAUAAAAAGGCACCGCGUAUGAUAUUUUAUAUUGAAAUACAUUUUUUUUUUCUAUUUUCGACAGCCAUAAAAUAUAAGUACACGUCAAAAUAUUCCUAACGAAAUGUAAAACAAAAGUUUCAUUCAUAUAUAAUUAUUGUUUGGCGUUUGAACUCGUGGUAUUCUAUUAUCCUUAAUUGAAGAAAAAAAAUGUAGAGCACCAUCAUGAUGAAAUUGUGUUCCGCAUUAAUAAUAAGUGCCCUCCUAAUUCAUUACUAUUGCGUGAUAUUUCGUCAUAAUACACAUCACAUAAUAUACGUAUUAUAUAAUAUUUUAUAGUAAGUGCUGUUAUAUAUAACUAUGACAGUAUAUACGAGUAAAUUAUUUAGUCAUAAGUAGGUAGUCUUAAUAUUAUAUUAUUAUUAUUAUUAUUAUUUCAUAUUUUAAAGGUACCUAGACAUAGUUUUGAAAUUUUAAAAAAAAUCGUUUUUAUAAUUAAUUAUAUACAAUACAGGGUAAUCAAACCAUUUUGAAAACAAAAAUUAGUAAAUUCUCAACGUUGGUAAGGUUUUUUAACCGCAGAGAAAUUUGUUCCCUUUUCAAGUUUCUUAAAUUAUUGUUUUUUAUACAAAUUUAAACUCAGUAUAACUUAUAUAAAAAUUUAAACAACCGUAAAAUGUGUACCUAUUUUUUUAAGCAUCAAUACCUAUACAUUGGACGUUAUCAAGUUACUCAAGUUAUUAAUUUAUAGUAAUAUAAUCUAUGAAAAUAGGUUCAUGAGUAGGUAUUAAAUUUAAUAUCUACAUAAUAAAAGUUGAAGGAAUCUCAAGAAUUUUUCUGACAAAAAUAUGCGAAUAUUACAAUUUUUAAAACUAUAAAAGUUCUUCUCAAAUACGAAAAAAUAAACAGUGAAAAUCAACCGUCUUACGGUCAAAAGAAAUACUUAUAAGAAGGUUAUAGGAAGGUCCUAUAGGAAGGUUCUGUUAUGGUGUAAAAUACCAACCAAAAUGCAGAUGUUCGGUCAUUAUUAUGAAACAUAAAUAUUUUAUACGCA